AUGCCUCGCAUCUUCUCGACUCUUGUUGCUGCGCUUGCAGCCAGCACAGUGCAGGCUUCUCUUGACAUCGUGUCCGGCGCAACAUGGACAGCUGGAUCUGACUUUUCAAGUGAGGUUGAUGGAACCUACUACAUGAUCGGCGAGGACAAGACCGACGGAACAUACUUCCAGAACGUCAACUGCUACUCCUCCACCAAUCUCGUCGAAUGGACAUACCGAGGCGCGCUCCUCUCUCGCACCAGCGAAGCAGGCGACCUCGGCCCCAACCGCAUCGUUGAAAGACCCAAGGUCAUUUACAAUGACCAGACAAAGAAGUAUGUUCUUUACAUGCACAUCGACAGCCCAGACUACAAGGAUGCGCGGGUUGGUAUCGCAACUGGUGAUAGUGUAUGCGGCAAGUAUACGUAUCACCGAAGCUUCAGACCUCUUGGUAAGCAGAGUCGUGAUAUGGGACUUUUCAAGGAUGAUGAUGGGUCUGCAUAUCUCCUGACUGAAGACCGAGAGUAUGGAACGCGAAUCAUGGCUUUGUCAGAUGACUACCUCAACGUCACUGAGAUCACAUACGAAUGGCAGUACUUUGCCGAGUCCCCUGCCAUGCUGAAGCAGAACGGAUACUACUUCAUCUUCGGCUCUCAUCUGACUGGAUGGAAUGCCAAUGAUAAUAUCUACAGCUACGCCAAGUCAAUAUCUGGUCCAUGGUCGAACUGGACCGAGUUUGCACCUAUUGGUUCGAAGACCUAUCAAAGCCAGGUCAGCUACAUUCAGCCUCUUGGUAACGGUAAUGCCAUAUACAUAGGUGAUCGCUGGGUCUCCACAAACCUGGCCGCCAGCACCUACGUCUGGCUUCCCCUCAAGGUUGAUGGCAACAAAGUGACACUCAGCUGGUACGACUCUUGGUCGCCGAACCUCUCAAAGGGAACUUGGUCCGAGACAACUAUGACAAAGAUCGAGGGUGAGACUGCAACGAUGGGUAAUGAUGCCAGAGUCAUCUCGUGCAGUGAAUGCAGUGGCGGUAAAGCCGUCGGCUACAUCGGAGGUGACAAGAAAGGUACCCUUACCUUCAAGAACAUCAAGAGCUCUGGAGGUACAGCUACUAUCAACGUCAAGUACCGAAAUGGCGACACCGGAUCACGAUACGCAACCGUCAAUGUCAACGGGGAAUCUCAGAAGCUUGCGUUCUUGUCUACCAGCCACCUUUCUCAGACGGGACUCAGCAGGGGUUUCUUUGAUCUGAAGGAGGGGUCAGAUAACACGAUCACCAUCUCUAACGAUGAUGGAUGGGGUCCGGAUGUGGAUGCUCUGAUGCCGCCAGCGGCAUAA